GUUUUUUUCUUCGUUUUCCAGUGUAGUGCGUUGAUUUCAUACCAAAGUCAUACUUAACAUUCCACUUACACUGUCAAACCAGGCAAAAUAUUACUGAAAACAAUAAAGGCGCCAAAAAAAAAACUAUCAAAAUUAGUACGUUAUCUUCGCUUUUGUAAGGAGUGGUGAUUGCAAAAAAAGCUGCUUGGAUCUGGAACACUUUCUUCCAAACUUGUUCUCCAGAAGAAUCAAGUCGUUAUUAUACAGGAGGAUUGACAGACUGAGAAAGACACAUUUGAGGAAUACAUAACUCGACAUUUUACGCGCUGUUUUGCUGCACCCCAUAGAUCCUCUGACUGUGGGGCUCGGGGUCGGGCCCAGGGGGAGCCGCCACCAUUGCUUCCAACGAGUGGAGUGCCAACGGUAGCCCGGGGGAUGGGCUGGAUGAGGGGAGCGAUGAGCUGGAUAAGGCCAUGGAUGGUGAUGCGGAGGGGGUCUGGAGCCCGGACAUCGAACAGAGCUUCCAGGAGGCCCUGGCCAUAUACCCACCCUGUGGACGGAGGAAAAUUAUCCUCUCAGACGAAGGCAAGAUGUAUGGUCGCAAUGAGUUGAUAGCCAGGUACAUCAAGUUGAGGACAGGCAAAACCCGCACAAGAAAGCAGGUAUCUAGUCACAUUCAGGUGUUAGCACGGAAGAAAGUUCGAGAAUACCAAGCCGGUAUCAAGGUUUCUAGCCAUUUGCAGGUUCUCGCCCGGAGAAAAUCUCGCGAGAUCCAGUCAAAGCUGAAGGCCAUGAAUUUGGACCAGGCAUCCAAAGACAAGGCCCUCCAGAACAUGGCAGCUCUGUCGUCGGCCCAGAUUGUGUCUCCGAGCCUUAUCAAGAGCCAGCUGCCCCCACUGCCCCAUUCUCCCUACCCGCCGCAAGCCAGGUUCUGGCCAGGCCCCAUACCAGGACAGCCUGGUCCCUCUCAGGAGCUGGUUCUAGAGCUCAACCCGGGAAGGACUCCUGGGCUUGGCCGUACUAGCUAUGCUAUUAAACCUUUUGCACAGUCCUCGUACCCAAACCCACUACCAGGCCCUGCCCCCCCACCUAUAUCAACUUAUGAGCCCUUGGCACCCCCCCUCCCCCCGGCCGCUACAGCGGUGCCCGUGUGGCAGGACCGGACCAUUGCCUCUUCCAAACUGCGGAUGCUAGAAUACUCUGCCUUCAUGGAGGUGCAGAGGGACCCCGACAACUACAGCAAACAUCUGUUUGUCCACAUUGGUCAGACCAACCCGUCCUACAGCGACCCCCUCCUGGAGGCAGUGGACAUCAGGCAGAUCUACGACAAGUUCCCUGAGAAGAAAGGCGGGCUCAAGGAACUUUAUGAGAAAGGCCCCCAGAACGCCUUUUUCCUUGUUAAAUUUUGGGCGGACCUGAACAGCAGUGGCAUGCAGGACGGCCCAGGCUCCUUCUACGGAGUCAGCAGCCAGUACAGCAGCUCUGAGAACAUGACCAUCACUGUCUCCACCAAAGUCUGCUCCUUCGGCAAACAGGUGGUAGAGAAAGUAGAGACGGAGUACGCCCGGAUGGAGGGGGGAAAGUGCAUCUACAGAAUCCACCGCUCUCCCAUGUGCGAGUACAUGAUUAACUUCAUCCACAAGCUGAAACACCUGCCAGAAAAAUACAUGAUGAAUAGUGUUCUGGAAAACUUCACUAUCCUCCAGGUGGUGACAAACCGUGACACUCAGGAGACCUUGCUGUGUAUAGCGUUUGUGUUUGAGGUCUCCACAAGUGAACACGGGGCACAGUACCAUGUCUACAGGCUUGUCAAAGACUGACCCACCCGCUGGCCUGCAUGGAGGUUUUGGUAUCCGGCUGACAGUGCCGCAUGACCCGACUCUGUACAGUACACUGACAGACUGCUCAGCUGCCAAGAAACAUUCAAAACGACGUUAGAAUGAACUGACAUGAACACAUUUUAUACUUCCACACUAUUUCUUUUUCUUUUUUGUUAAAUAGGAAACAGGAUGAAGUCUCUCAACAGACAAGAGAGGAAAUGCAGAGUUCAUGGUUUUGUUUUUAAAUGCAACCUUUUAACCAUAUAUUUAAAUGUGCCAAGACGAAGUGGGUCACAUUAGUUGCGACAACACAUGUACAUUAGCUUGAGAUGUUUUUGACUGAGGGAAUGAGAAAGUGUACACGGUUGAGAGUUGUCUCAGAGAACACAUACUCUGGUAUGAGAAGUGUAGACAAUGGAAUAGCACAGGUGCAAGGACCAUGGAAGACGAGCAAAUGCAAAAAUAAUCCAAAAGUAGAACUGUCCUACCAAGUGGUGUUUAACAAAUUAGAUAGGAUGUGCCUUUCUCCAAAGAAAAGUAUUGAUUGAUUGCCAGCUACUCCUGAAUGCCUUAUUGACUACCUCUUGUCGUAAAGAACCAGAAAGAAACCGUGCUGAUUUAAAUGCAUCAACAAAUUGAAAACUGAACAUGACAAUGUAGUUUACCUUCUCCUACCUGCAAAUCCUGUAGAUAUUUGAAGCACAUUUCUUAUCCUGGAACAUUGUGUUAUGGACGGAUGUGUAUAAAACAAUUAUUCAUUUUCAAUUGAUGUGUUAUCAUGAAUGGUUUAAGACUGGCUGCAGUUGAUGUGUACAGUGAGGGGAUAGCAUGAUCAGAUCAUUCAGUUUCGAAUCCCUUGGCUUUAAUGGGUCUUGAGAACAACACAUCCAUGUGCUGUGGCGCACUUAAGAUCAACAAAGGGUGAAGCAACACAUUUAUUUUCUGCCUUUAGUUUUUGAAAUGAACAGUUUCCUUACUGUGAGUAAGUGGAUGCUACAGGAAUAUGUGUUACAUAGGAGUAUUUUGGGGACAUCUCUUUAUAUUUGUAAUUAACUUUAACUCAGCACAGAGACCAUAGCUGUUCUGCUAGUAUCUGGGUUCAACACGAUUUUCUACAAGUUCGCCGUAUUAGAACUUGCCAGGUUUUAACAAUUUUAAUGUAAGGAUAAAAUGAUACUUCUGUGGUUUUAUCACCUGUUUUUUCUAAUGCUAUAUCACCAUUUUGAGAGACCACAAUUGAUGAAUUUCACAUUCAAUGUAAUGGCUGGCCUACAUGUGUAAAAGGAUUUUCUCUUUUAAAAAAAGCUGUUAUCUCUUAACUUAUGAGUAAAAGCCCAAGAAAUGUAACUGUUAAUUUGUCAAUGACAUCGGCUUAAUUAAUAAUAUAUAUUUUAAAGAAAGCUAUCUUCUCUGUGCUGCGGUGUGUGACCAUUGAUUGUUAUUUAUAAUAAAACGAAUGGGUGAUUCUCACGAAACCAGUUUUAACAUGUCUGUAGCAAAUUGAGUAACAAAUUCUGGAGAGUAUUUUUUUAAGUACUUUUUUUAUUUCCCCAGAAUUCUCAUUACACAGUUAAUCAUGACACUAUUGAACUCUGCUCAUUUUGUAGAAUUGAAUUUCUAACAUCUAAUUAAAAUCCAAAAUGUGUUGCUUUAGUUAUUCAAUAAAUCAAACAAUUAGAUAUUUGUAUUAAAAAAUAUAUAAUUAAUAAUAAUAACCAAUAAUGCAUCGUAAGAAGUAGUAAACCUAAGGUGAUCUAAACAUUUAUUUAUUUACUUAUAUUAAAUUAAAUCUCAAACAGUGCAUUUCCCCACUUGGCCUUGUUGUUACCGAAACAGCUAAUGAGUUCAAAACUGAUGGAAGUUAUAUAAUUUAAUUUGAAAUAUUUUAUAUUUUACACCAAGUCCUUAUAUUGGGGGUACUAUUGUUACAAAACAUUAUAUAUGGAUUUGUUUGUUACCUAUGGUAGUAGUGGAAAUUGGUUAAAUGCCUAUAAUGCCUAUUAGAAAAACAACAUGAUAAUGUUUUUGAAAUAAAUAUGCAGUUAUUAAUCUCAGUCAUCCAUUUUAUGGAAAACUACACUUCAGAUUGUUUUGGUCAAAUGUCAGUUUCGUGAGAAUGACCCACGUGGUGGGAGGGCUGGGGGCCACGUGUUUAACCUUUGCCAUUGCAAUGAAGGCGUUACAAUUAUUGCUGAGCUGAACUUUAUACUAAAGACAACAUAACUGUCAUCCCAUGGAUCUAGACUUGGAUGGUCUCGACCUUGGACGGUUCACUGGACUUGUCAUAAGAAUUCAUACAUAAGACUUUUUAUGGUGGAUUUAGUACACCGGGCUUUGAAUGUCUUGCUUCCAGGAGCUUGACUUCAAACAACUGCUUUACAAACAUCUUUAUUAGCGGAUUUCUCAACUUUACCUUUUUUUACAGGCCCUUGUUUUUUAUUAUCAUUAUCAUAAUUCAUAUUUUUGUUGUUUUUGUUGUUUUUUGACUUUCAGUGGAAGCCAUAUGCAUCUGUUGAAAACGUUGUGUGUUUUUGUUGACCUUGAUAAUGAGAUAUUAUGUAUCAUUUGAAUGGUGUGGGCAAGUAUUUUUCGGUUAUAAGGUGGUUUAUUGUGGCCUUGGUUACCAACUGCGCAUUGCAUUUUUGUAUUUUCUGUUAUCUUCAAAGUAAGGGGGUUUGUAUUAUAUAAUCAAAUCAAGAUGUAUAAUCUAACAAUAAAAGACGCAUUGUGCCUUUGGGGCCAUUUGUCCCCAGAAAACCCAUUA